CGGAAGCUGCAGGAGGUUCACCCUCUGCUGACCCUGUGCGGGCAGAGUGAGAACUGGCAGGGCAACCCCAUCCAGAAGGAGUCCCUGCGCGUCUUCUUCCUGGUCCUGCAGGUCACACUCUACCUGGAUGCUGGGCAGGUGAAGAGCGUGAAGCCCUGCCUGAAGCAGCUCCAGCAGUGCAUCCAGACCAUCUCCACGCUCCACGACGACGAGAUCCUGCCCAGCAACCCCGCUGACCUCUUCCACUGGCUGCCCAAGGAGCACAUGUGUGUGCUGGUCUACCUGGUGACAGUGAUGCAUUCCAUGCAGGCAGGGUACCUGGAGAAGGCCCAGAAGUACACAGACAAAGCCCUCAUGCAGCUGGAGAAGCUAAAAAUGCUGGACUGCAGCCCCAUCCUGUCCUCAUUCCAAGUGAUUUUGUUGGAACACAUCAUCAUGUGCCGGCUGGUCACGGGACACAAAGCCACAGCCCUGCAGGAGAUCUCCCAGGUGUGCCAGCUGUGCCAGCAGUCACCCAGGCUCUUCUCCAACCACGCUGCCCAGCUCCACACGCUCCUGGGCCUCUACUGCAUCUCUGUUAACUGCAUGGACAAUGCAGAAGCACAAUUCACUACAGCACUGAGGCUCACGACACAUCAGGAGCUCUGGGCAUUCAUUGUCACCAACUUGGCCAGCGUGUACAUCCGGGAGGGCAACAGGCACCAGGAGCUCUACAGCCUGUUGGAAAGGAUAAAUCCAGACCACAAUUUCCCCGUGAGCUCCCACUGUCUCCGAGCUGCAGCUUUUUACAUCCGAGGGCUCUUCUCCUUCUUCCAGGGAAGAUACAACGAGGCAAAGCGGUUCCUGAGGGAGACCCUGAAGAUGUCCAACGCAGAGGAUCUGAACCGGCUCACAGCCUGUUCCCUGGUGCUGCUGGGGCACAUCUUCUACGUGCUGGGCAACCACAGGGAAAGCAACAACAUGGUGGUCCCGGCCAUGCAGUUGGCCAGCAAGAUCCCAGACAUGUCUGUGCAGCUCUGGUCCUCAGCCCUGCUCAGAGACCUCAACAAGGCCUGUGGGAAUGCCAUGGACGCUCACGAGGCAGCUCAGAUGCACCAGAACUUCUCCCAGCAGCUGCUCCAGGACCACAUCGAGGCCUGCAGCCUCCCUGAGCACAACCUGAUCACGUGGACAGACGGACCCCCCCCCGUGCAGUUCCAGGCCCAGAACGGCCCCACCACCAGCCUGGCCAGCCUCCUGUGAACCACAGUAACUAUUCAGGACAAACCUCCACCAAACAAAAGCCAAAAAACAAAACAAAACAGACAACAAAA